UACUCGCGACUCGCGUCGCCGGUUACUCGUGCGGGUUCCUCGUGGUGGGGGACGCGGACGCCGCCGUUUGUUUUUACUUUUUCGACACUGUGGCCCACUGUCCAGUCGCACUGUUGCUGCUACUACGCCCCUUCAUCCGUCGUUGAUUCGUGUUUUACUCGUUGCCCGUUGUUGUUGUUUUUGUUGACAUCGUCGACCCAGUGUUUUGAUCGAAAAACCGGUCCGCAGCCGAUUUACGGGGAUUACCGCCGUCGUCUUCCUCGAGUGUUUGGACGUGUAGUACAAACGUUCAUAAAAUGGGAGACUUAUUUAGUUGUUGCGGUUCUUCGGAUAGAAUUGAACCAUCUUCACCAGAUGCAAAGGCCAAUUUCAAAGGUCCUGUAAAAGGAAGAUCUUGUACAGAUUGCUCAUUUUUGGUCCUUUUCUUGUUUGUAUUGAUAUCCUUGUUUGGAUUAGUCAUAUACUGUACAUUAAAUGGUGAUGUAAAUCGUCUGUUCUAUGGCUUUGAUGAAUGUGGAGACAUUUGUGGAUUUAAAAAUAAAAACCCGGAUCCAAAAUUUUGUACUGGUAAAGAUAUGACAAAUAAACCAUUCUUAAAAAUCGAUGCUCCUAUUUAUAAAGUAGCUGAUUUAAAAUACGUCAAGAGAGAAUGUGUAGAGAGGUGUUCUGAUUAUAAGGAUUACCAAGAGUUCUUACAUAGAUGUAUUCCAAAAGGCAAUGAAUCAGCCAUCAACAAUAUUUUGACAAAUUCAUCAAUUGGCAGCUUGUUUCAAGAGAUGACCCAAGAUUUACAACACACUAAAUGGGAUAUUAUAUAUCUUUGCAUAUUUGCUUUUAUUGUGUCACUUGUCAUUGUAUUUUUGAUAAGAUUUGUUGCUGGUAUUGUUGUUUGGUUUGUACUUAUUGGUGUUGUUGUAGUCAGCAUUUCAGGAUCUAUUUUCUUAUGGAUCACUUGGAAACAAAAGUCUGAUUCUGAAAUUAAAGAUCAAGUUGCUCAACGAGAUGUAAAUACAUACUUUGCAUUCGCAUUAAUCGCCACAAUAUCCACAAUAGUUAUCUUGCUAAUCAUUGUGGCAAUGAGAAGCCGCAUUGCCCUUGUUGUCCAAUUGUUUAAAGAAUCUGGUAAAGCUAUACAGAGCAUGCCAUUAUUACUCAUACAACCAAUGGUGACGUUUUUAUUCCUAUGCUUGGCCAUCGUUCUAUGGAGUUAUUUCGCUGUACUCAUUCAAGGAUCUGGAUCACCUGCAUUUGAACCACUGAGCCAUAAUGUUUACUAUAAAAAGGAUCAGUUAAUGAAAUUUGCUAGAGUUUAUAACAUUUUGGUAUUAGUUUGGGUUAUUGAAUUUAUCAUUGGCUGUCAACACAUGAUAAUUGCUGGUUCUGUUGCCACGUGGUUCUUCACUAGAAACAAAGACAAUGUUUCAUCUCCAAUUUCAACAUCUAUUGGUUAUUUAUUCAACUAUCAUAUGGGAUCUGUAGCUUUAGGAUCGUUCAUUAUAGCUGUUCUCCAAAUAAUUAGAGCUAUUUUAAAUUUCAUUGAUGAAACCCUGAAGGACUCCCAAAAUGAAGUAGCAAAGUCAUUGUAUAAAAUAUUUCAAUGUUUAUUCAGUUGCAUACAACAAUUUAUACAAUAUUUGACAAGAAAUGCUUACAUCGAAAUCGCUAUUUAUGGUGAUAACUUCUGUAGAUCAGGGCAACAAGCUUUUAAAAUGAUAACUUCAAACGUACUACGUGUGGCUGCCAUAAAUUCUGUUGGAGAUUUUGUGCUUUUCCUAGGAAAAGUACUUGUGGUCACAUCCACUGUUCUACUAGGCUUCAAAAUGCUUGAGACUAAACCUGGAGUUCUUCAUUUGUGGGUUCCGCUUACAGUUGCAGGAAUUUUCGCCUAUUUCGUGGCCCAUUGUUUUAUUUCUGUAUAUGAGAUGGUGAUUGACACAAUAUUUAUGUGUUUCUGCGAAGAUUGUAAUCUAAAUGACGGAGUCACUCAAGAGUAUUACAUGAGUAAAGAACUUAUGGACUUUGUUGAGAGCAGUCAAAAAGUAUUAAGAGUUGGUGAUGGGGCUACAAAUUAAUUUAAAUCCACAAAUCUACAGUUACAUUAAUAAUUAUGUAUUUAUUAAUAUUUAUAAACUAUGGAAAAGUACAAUUAUCAAUGCUACAAGUUGGACGUCCGCAUUCAAUUUACUAUUUUAUUUUAUAAUUUUUUUAUUGCCAUUAUUAUGUAUAAUUUUUUAUUUUAUUUUUUACUAAAUGCUAAAAAUUCAUUAGAAGGACUAAUGCCAUAAGAAGAACAAUUUUUUUUCAUACAUUUAUAUUUUUUUCAAUUAAGAUAAAAAUGUAUUGAUUCCUUUCUACAGAAAUCUAACAAUGUUAUUCAAUCUCACAAUAGUUUAUAACAAUUUUUAAAUGUAGGUAGGUAAGUAUUAAAGUGGUUUUAGUGUCUUAAUAUUUAUUUUUAUUUUAUAUUUAAAUGUAUUUAAUUAUGUAUGCUCGUUUAUUAUGACUAAAGAAUAUGGUAUUUGAACUUGUAUUUAUGAAAAGGUUGAUUCUAAGUGGCUUUUAAAAUGAAUCAAUCAUUUAUUGAAAAAAUUCAAAUUACAAACCAUUUAAUUAUAACAUAUUUCCUAUAAUUUAUAAUAUAUUAUACAUUUCCUAAUGACAUAAUGUAUCCAGUUAUUUUCAUGUUGUAUAUUUAAGACACUACAUAAACUAUUCCAUGAUAUUAUGUGCUUUUUAUAUUCAAAUUUAUUUUUAUAUCUAUUUUUUUUGUAUUUACAAAUAUAUACUAUUAUAUUCUAUAAUCUCAAACCAUUUAA